UACAUUUCCCAGAAAACCAAGCGAGAAGCUGCUUGUGGGUGUCAUCAGCAAGGCACAGGUGGCGUGGGUCUCCCUUGUCAAACUAGAAACUAUUUCUACUGUUUCUUCUGUCUAAACAAUAGAAUUGUGAAUUGCUUGCAAGUUGGGUCAAAAUGGCGGAGCGGAAGGGAACAGCAAAGUUGGACUUUUUGAGAAAAAUUGAGCUUGAGAUCCAGGAGAAAUGGGAGAAGGAGAGGGCAUUUGAGCAUGAUGCACCAACAACAAUUGGAGAAAGCACAAACAAAAACAAGUACUUUGUCACCUUCCCCUACCCUUACAUGAAUGGCCGAUUGCACCUCGGCCACACAUUCAGCUUGUCAAAGUGUGAGUUUGCUGUUGGUUACCAGUCUCUGAAAGGAAAGAAAUGCCUCUUCCCAUUCGGGCUGCACUGCACAGGAAUGCCUAUCAAAGCCUGUGCAGACAAGCUAAAGCGAGAGAUGGAGCUCUAUGGAAACCCUCCACAGUUUCCAGACGAGGAGGAAGAAGAGAAAGAGAAGCCACAGACAUGUGAUGAAAUCAUCAUCAAGGACAAAGCAAAGGGCAAGAAGAGUAAAGCAGUGGCCAAAUCCGGAUCUGCCACUUUCCAGUGGGACAUUAUGAGGUCUUUGGGCCUGAAUGACCAGGAGAUUGCCAAGUUUGCCAGUGCUGAACACUGGCUGGAGUACUUCCCUCCUUUAGCUGUCAAAGACCUCAAACAUAUGGGAGUCAAGGUGGACUGGAGGCGUUCAUUCAUCACCACAGAUGUGAACCCCUUUUAUGACUCCUUCGUCAGGUGGCAGUUUGUCACACUGAAGGAGAGAAAAAAGAUCAAGUUUGGCAAAAGGUAUACCAUCUACUCCCCCAGGGAUGGACAGCCAUGCAUGGACCAUGACAGGCAGACGGGAGAGGGUGUUGGACCUCAGGAGUACACGCUCAUUAAGAUGAAAGUGGUUGAACCGUACACAGCAAAAUUUAAGUCCAAAGUCUUUUAUAGCAGCGGCAUGAAAGGCAAAAACAUCUUCCUGGUGGCUGCCACUCUGAGAGCAGAGACCAUGUUUGGCCAGACCAACUGCUGGGUGAGGCCCGACAUCAAGUAUGUUGCCUUUGAGACAACCAGCGGAGACAUCUUCAUCUGUACCAGUAGGUCUGCCAGGAACAUGUCUUACCAGGGCUUCACCAAAGAGAAUGGAGUGGUGCCAGUGAGCAUGGAAAUACUGGGACAGGAUAUCCUUGGCUGUGCCCUGAGUGCUCCUCUGACCUGCUAUAAGAUCAUCUAUGCUCUGCCCAUGCUCACUAUCAAGGAGGACAAAGGUACGGGGGUCGUUACCAGCGUGCCUUCUGAUGCUCCUGAUGACAUUGCUGCUCUCAGAGACAUCAAGAAAAAACAGGCUCUGCGGGAGAAGUACGGCAUUGAGGACAAGAUGGUGUUUCCCUUUGAGCCGGUCCCUAUCAUAGAGAUACCAGGCUACGGGAACCUGUCUGCUCCCCUGCUGUGUGAUGAGCUGAAGAUCCAGAGCCAGAAUGACAAGGAAAAGCUGGCUGAGGCCAAAGAGAAAAUCUACCUGAAGGGAUUUUAUGAAGGGAUCAUGCUGGUUGAUGGCUACAAGGGGCAGAAGGUCCAGGAUGUGAAAAAACCCAUCCAGAAGAUGCUGGUUGAGAGGGGCGAGGCCAUGAUCUACAUGGAGCCAGAAAAACAGGUCAUGUCUCGUUCAGCUGAUGAGUGUGUGGUGGCUCUCUGUGACCAGUGGUAUUUGGACUAUGGAGACGCAGAGUGGAAGCAGCAGGCCAAUGAAGCCCUCAAGUCUUUGGAGACAUUUGGAGAAGAGACCAGGAGAAACUUUGAGGCAUCUUUGACCUGGCUACAAGAGCAUGCCUGCUCUCGUACCUACGGACUUGGAACGCGGCUGCCUUGGGACGAGCAGUGGCUGAUUGAGUCACUAUCGGACUCCACCAUCUACAUGGCUUACUACACUGUAGCCCACCUCCUCCAGGGAGGUGUGCUCAACGGACAGGGCACCUCACCACUGGGCAUCAAGCCGGAGCAGAUGACCAGAGAGGUGUGGGACUUUAUCUUCUUUAAGACGUCUCCUUUCCCCAAGACCAACAUCCCUAAAGAGCAUCUACAGAGGCUGAGGAGGGAGUUUGAGUACUGGUACCCUGUGGACGUCCGUGUGUCUGGCAAAGACCUGGUGCCCAACCACCUGUCCUACUACCUGUACAACCAUGUGGCUAUGUGGCCCAAAGACAAUGGGAAGUGGCCACAGGCUGUGCGAGCCAACGGGCAUCUGCUGCUCAAUUCUGAAAAGAUGUCCAAAUCAACUGGAAACUUCCUCACUCUCACCCAAGCCAUUGACAAGUUCUCAGCCGAUGGUAUGCGUCUGGCUUUAGCCGAUGCCGGGGACACAGUGGAGGACGCCAACUUUGUGGAGACCAUGGCUGACGCUGGCAUCCUGCGCCUCUACACCUGGGUGGAGUGGGUGAAGGAGAUGAUUGCCAACCAAAACAACCUGAGGACGGGACCUGCAGACACUUUCAACGACCGGGUCUUUGCCAGUGAGAUGAAUGCAGGCAUCUUGAAGACAGAGCAGCACUAUGACAGGAUGAUGUACAAGGAGGCUCUGAAGAGUGGCUUCUUUGAGUUCCAGGCAUCCAAAGAUAAAUACCGUGAGCUGGCAAUCGAGGGCAUGCACAGAGACCUUGUCUUCCAGUUUAUAGAGAGACAAACUCUGCUGCUGGCCCCCAUAUGCCCACACCUUUGUGAAUACACCUGGGGUCUUCUGGGCAAGACCGGUUCUCUGAGGAAGGCAUCGUGGCCUGUGGCGGGUCCAGUGGACGAGAUUCUGAUCCGUUCCUCACAGUACCUGAUGGAGACCGCACAUGACCUCCGGCUGAGACUCAAAGCAUACAUGCAGCCCCCUAAAAGCAAAAAAGGUGACUCAAAACCCCCAGCCAAACCCUCCCACUGCACUAUCUACGUUGCCAAGAGCUACCCUCCAUGGCAGCACAGUGCCUUAUCCCUGCUCGGAAAGCACUACAAGAGCAACAACGGGGCCCUUCCAGACAAUAAAGUGAUAGCGAACGAGUUGGGAGCCCUGCCUGAACUGAAGAAAUAUAUGAAGAGAGUCAUGCCUUUUGUAGCCAUGAUCAAGGAGAACCUGGAGAAGAACGGGCCAAGGGUCUUGGAUCUGGAGCUGGAGUUUGAUGAGCGGACAGUUCUGAUGGAGAACCUGGUCUACUUAACCAAUUCUUUAGAGCUGGAACAGAUAGAUGUCUUGUUUGCAUCUGAGGCUGACGACAAAGUGAAGGAGGACUGUUGCCCAGGGAAGCCGUUCAGUGUUUUCAGAUCAGAGCCUGGAGUGUGUGUUUUCCUGGUCAACCCUCAGCCGUCCAAUGGCCUGUUUUCUACAAAGGUUGAGAUCCGACAGGGGGACAGCAGAGACAAUAUCAUCCGUAGGCUAGCCAAGGUCAACAGACUCAUCAAAGAUCUUUCCAGAGUGAAGUUGAUGAGGUACGAGGACCCCCUGCUAGGGCCACGACGGGUGCCCGUCAUGGGACAAGAGGAACAGGGCAAACUGCCCAUCUCUAACAAAUCUGUGUUCAACAUCAAUCUGGAGGAGAAGAGGGUCACUCUGGCUGACAACGGCCUCACUGUGGACGUCGGGGACAGUCUGGUUUAUCUGGUUCAUUAGAGUAACAUUCGCUCGCUAGCCCUCUCACUCGCUUUCUCUCACACACAGGCAGUGAAUCAUUUGUGAAAGGUUCAAAUACAUCAUGAAAUAUACAAUAAAAUAAAAAUAAACAAGGAUUUUGACUCAAAGCCAUGAAACACUGACUGAAAAGUAUAUGUAUGUUUUAUGAUUUAUGUUUCUGCACCAUUUGCUACUGCCCAUGGUGUUAGAUUUGACAGAUAUACAGGUUCUCACUGUUCUGUACUUUUUCACUGCAGAAUGCAACAUAAGGGAAUAUAUGAAACUGAUGGAACCUGAAAAGUUUGCUUCCAUUUUCCUUUAAAAAACACAAACACUUGCAGUAAAUUCAGAGUGCUGCGUCUUUGGUACUUAAAUUCUUCAAUGGUGUGAAAAAAAAUGUAAUAUUUAAAAUAUCUCAAAAAUAAGGAUUUAGUAUGUAGGAAAACACCAGAAUUUGUAUUCUAUUCCGUCUUUUCUUAGUCUGUUAGAUUAAUGUCAAAUCUAGUAAUAUUUCUUGACGAACACACUUUUCCUCUUUGAUAUGAUUCAUAAUAAACAAGCAGCUAUCUGUAUAAUAAAGCUUUCAAAUAAAGUGGGGUUUUUGAUUGCAAACAUCCCACAAUUUCCUGAUCUGUCCUGGCCAACCAGUUCUUCUAUGUUAUUACAUUGUGAGACUGCUCCUACAUCUUCCUGAAUUCCGGUUUUAAUAUAGAUGGUAAUGUGUCUGCUGUGCUGUUUUAUACAUCGAAGGUGAGGCACAUCACUCCAUUCAUGCUUUGUCAGCCUGUCAGCUAUCCUAUUUUCUAUCUGUGGAUGGUGCUUGUCUCACUUGUGGUUUUCCAGGGAAACUAUAAAACCUAUGAAAUAUUCA